UGCGACAAAUCCUCAAACAGAACACACCCAAAGUGCUCUGCCCCCUCCCGCAUAGUCGCAGCAGUCCCAAAUACGUGCUACCUAGGUCGUACGCCCCAAGAGGCAAGAACCCUAGAUCCCGAAUCCAGCACCGCACGCGUUUGACCCUGCGCAUGCAGCCGUAAAACUCUGAUUUCUCUCUUUGCAGCCUCCUCGCUCCUCGAAAUACCACGGUCUCCUCUCCUCCUUGUCUGAGAUCCUGAGCCGCGAUGGGAGAAGCCAAGGACGCCGAGGUGUACGAGGAGGAUCUCGUCGACUACGACGAGGAGGUGGAGAACGCCGUCGACGGCGCAGCCGCCAACCCUUCCGUCGACGUCGUCAAGAAGGGUUACGUGGGAAUCCACAGCUCAGGGUUCAGGGACUUCCUGCUCAAGCCAGAGCUGCUCCGUGCGAUCCAGGACUGCGGGUUUGAGCAUCCUUCCGAAGUGCAACAUGAAUGCAUCCCUCAAGCCAUUCUCGGAAUGGAUGUCAUCUGUCAAGCAAAAUCUGGGAUGGGCAAGACUGCUGUUUUUGUCCUCUCAACUCUCCAGCAGAUUGAUCCGGUUGCUGGGCAAGUAGCUGCACUUGUGUUAUGCCAUACACGAGAGUUAGCAUACCAGAUUUGCAAUGAAUUCGAGAGGUUUAGCAAGUACCUGUCAGAAACAAAAGUUGCUGUCUUCUAUGGUGGCGUUCACAUAAAAAAACACAAGGAUUUGUUGAAGAAUGAAUGUCCUCACAUUGUGGUUGGCACACCUGGAAGGAUCCUAGCUCUGGCUAGAGACAAGGACCUUUCAUUGAAGAAUGUGAGGCAUUUCAUUCUUGAUGAAUGUGACAAGAUGCUUGAUUCACUUGACAUGCGUAGAGAUGUCCAGGAGAUCUUCAAGAUGACACCCCAUGAGAAACAAGUGAUGAUGUUUUCAGCAACACUCAGCAAGGAGAUUCGCCCGGUUUGCAAGAAAUUUAUGCAAGAUCCCAUGGAAAUUUAUGUUGAUGAUGAGGCUAAACUGACCCUUCAUGGUCUAGUUCAGCACUAUAUUAAACUAAGUGAGGCGGAGAAGAAUCGGAAAUUGAAUGAUCUCUUAGAUGCGCUCGACUUCAACCAAAUUGUGAUAUUUGUUAAAAGUGUUGGUAGAGCUUCAGAACUUAACAGGCUGCUCUGUGAAUGCAAUUUUCCUGCGAUCUGCAUACAUUCGGGAAUGACACAGGAGGAGAGGUUGACCCGGUAUAAGAACUUCAAGGAAGGGCACAAGAGGAUCCUUGUGGCUACGGAUUUGGUUGGCAGGGGGAUUGAUAUUGAGCGUGUCAAUAUUGUCAUAAACUAUGACAUGCCUGAUUCUGCUGAUACAUACUUGCACAGGGUUGGAAGGGCUGGGCGUUUUGGAACCAAAGGGCUUGCAAUAACAUUUGUUGCUUCUGCCUCUGACUCUGACGUCCUCAAUCAGGUGCAAGAAAGGUUUGAGGUCGACAUCAAGGAGCUGCCUGAGCAGAUCGACACUUCAACAUACAUGCCAUCUUGAAGAUCCAAGUGGUGGCUAGGAGGGUUUGCUUUUCAGACACAGCACCUUUACAUUUCUAUUGGGUUACAUAAACUUUGAUGUUAGAGAUGCUCUAGUUGUACUUAAUCAGCGAUUGAAUCUGCUGAGUAUUUUGUUGUAGUACUCAGACUUAUGGUUGUUAAGGAACCUAUUCAAGAUGUUGGUGUUCAUCA